AUGGAUAUCGAUGACAACGACGACGAUUUCUAUGCGCCAGAGGAGCCUGCAGCCCCUGCAGCCCCUACCGCGCAGCCAGAUGGCGCCGCGACAACAGCAAGUGCCCCCGCCGAGCCCGAGUCCAAGCCCGACCAGGACGAGGACCUCGAGGAGGGCGAAGAGGAAGACGAGGGCGGCGCCAUGGACGAGGACGACUCCUCUGAUGAUAGCAUGGUAAUUAUCACAGAAAGGAAGGACGGAACCUCAGCAGGCCCACCGUCACAAUCCCGAUACAGCAAUAUCAAGGAUAUCCCCCAGCGAUCAAUAUCUAACGAUACCGCAUCGAAAGCACCCCCAAAGAAACCAGACUCGCCCGCCGCCCGGAAACAAAGUAGCGGCGCCGACCUUCCCGCAGUCAGGACCUCCACCCUUGACAUCAAUGCCAUCCCCACCCACAAGCCCACCGGCAAGCCCUUGACACAAGUCAACAUCGACGAGGACCUGGCCGAGCACGACAAGCCAUGGCGGAGGCCCGGUACCGAUCUGUCCGAUUACUUCAACUAUGGACUCGACGAGUUCACCUGGGCGCUCUACGCCUCCAAGCAGGGGGCCAUGAGGCAAGAGUUCAAUUCCGACACCAUCGCUGCUAACAACAAGAAGAUGAUGGAGGACAUGCAGAACAUGAUGAUGAUGGGCAUGGGAGGCAUGCCGGGAAUGAUGCCUGGCGCCGCCGGUGGUGGCCAGGGCGCUUCGGGCCAGGGCGGGCCUCCUGGCGGCAUGCCGGGCAUGGAGGGAAUGCCACCAGAGAUGCAGCAGAUGAUGCAGCAGAUGAUGGCAAGCGGCGGCAUGGACCCCAGCCAGAUGGACCCGUCCGCCAUGGGCGCCAUGUUUGCCGGCAUGCAGAAUGCUGGUGGCCAACAGGGCCAAGGCGGCCAGCCUCAGAACUUUGGUGGCGGCAAUUUCGGUGGCAAUCAAGGCCAAGGGUUUGGUUAUGAUCAAGGGGGGAUGGGCGGCGGAGGCAACCGAGGGGGCUUCAAUCGCGGCCGCGGAGGUCGGCAGCGUUACUAG